CCGCUCGGCUCCCUGCGCCUCCCCCGCCGCUGCGCGGCCGGGCCCCCCGGGCGGCAGCCCCCGCGCCUCCGCCGACAAAAGCGCCGCCCAGGGGCGGCCCGGCCCGCGGCCCGGCGCCAGCAGGAAAGCUUUAGGCUGCUUGGUUUCUAUCACUGAAGUUUUCAGAACGGAUGGUGGUGACCAAUAUGAUGAAGUUCACUGUCUGGAUUACUAAAUAAGACAGAACUUUUGAAUCCUCUUGAGAAACAUGAAAACAAAGAACUACUUCUUUUAAAUAUCUUUCAGGACAGUUGACACGUUCCAGGGAAAAGCUGGGUUUUUCUAUUUUUGGUGUGUGUGUUUGUUUUUUUGUUUUGUUUUUUUUUUUUGUUUUUCCUGCAAAGUUCAGAAGAAUCUGCAUUCUCUGGGAUUUUAAACAAACAUAAAAUGAAAACAGUUUAAAACUUAGCCUUCAAAAUGAAUGUUGAAAAGUCAAAUGACAAAGCAAAGAAUGGCUUGAAGUCUUCCUUGCUUAUAAGGGAUGAAAAUGGAAAUAACUACACAUGUGACAGAGCUACACCUUCCUCAAAGAAUUGUGCCACAGAGAUACACAGUAAUUCAACUGCCCAAAAUGUAGUGACUGAGCAUGGAGAUGAUACUGUUCUCGAAAGUAAAAGUGACUUUGGAAGUAUUAGUUUAAAACAGCAUUGUACUGAAGCACUUCAUCUGCAGAAGACCCCUGAUAAAUACAACUGCACCGAAAGUCUGUUGGGAGGUGCAGAUGCUGCAUGCAAGUCUUCCAUGAACGAACAGACUUGUGUAUAUCCUUUGAACUGUGACUUGAAAGAAACAACAGACUUACUGAAAGGUAAUGUUGCUAUGGCAAAACCACAAAAUCAGAGUAUCAAACAAUCGGUGCCUUACAGUCAGACUGACUCUGAGUGUGUAUUACCUCUUCCUGCUUCAGAGCAGAACAUGCCAUCCCUGAUAAAUGACAGGGCAUGCUGCCACCUGAGCACAUUGGAUGUUACCAAUGUUAUAGGUGAGACUCUGGGAACUGAUCAAAAUGAUGACAUGCAUCUGAGGGAAACACUAAUCUCUUGUGAAGUAUGUAUGAGAGAGAAAUUUGAUAGAACCAGCUCAGAAAGAACACCUAAUUUCUCCUCUACAGUAAUGGCUUCAGAAAGCCCAGAUGCCUAUUCGGAACUUGCAGUACAUCGUCCUGCUUCUGCAGGUGUCGAACACUAUCUAAAAAACACUAACAAGACUGAUGAAGAAUCACAGGAAACAGAAGCACAGUCUUUAAAACUAGCUGCUGGAUUUAUAGAUCCGUAUGUACGAGAUACAUUAUCACCAUGCAUUAAUAUUAAUGAAGAUGACCAAGUGAAAUCCUUGCUGGGUACCCCUGACCAUGCUGAAACUGCGAAUUCCAGUGCAGAAACAUGCAUGGAUAGUUCUGUAAAUAAUGUGCAUCUUCUCCCAGAAGAUAAAAUGGAUGGAGAGCAAGUAUCAAAUAAAACCAAUGAACCCUUAACCAAAGAACAAACUAUCCCUGGAAAUGCUGCUCUUCAGGAUAUGCAUGACACCACUUUCGUAUCUUGCAGUGAACCAAAAUUAAAGAGGGCUGCUGUGCCUGACCUGAACUGCGAAGCAACUUUUGUGGUCUUCAGUCCUAUGGCUGAUGAAAGUGAUUCUGCUCUAUGUACUUCAACCCCUAAAGAACAAUCAAAGAAUACAGCUUUUUCUGUUUCAGCUCUGGCAGAGCUUGGAGAGAAGUCUCCUAAACUAAGACAGAGCAAGGCAUUUGUAGGAGGGCCGAACAGAAGGCCUUUGCUUAAAGCUAGUUCAGGUCAAAAUGCAGGAAGACCAGUGGGUAGGUCUCCUAUUGCGUUAACAAUAACCAGAGCGAAGAAAUCGGAGGUUGUUAGUUUUCCCAAACCUAAUUUCAAAAAUGUUAAGCCAAAGGUUAUGUCCAGACCUGUGCUACAGUCAAGAGACGGUGCAGCGUUAAAGCGGUCUCCCCAGUCGCCCCAGCUAUCAGCUGUCGUCUCAUCUUCACUGGCUGCUUCCCCACGGCAUUUGUCUCCCUCCAUAAAAGUGCUGAAAAAGAAAACAGAUCUAGCUAAAGAUACUAAAGCGGAAUUGCCUGUGAAUAAGCCCCAUAAGCUACAUCUUAACAAACGACUCUUCACUAGCCCAGCCGUACAUCCCACAACACAUCCCAGAAAUGCUUCCCACAAGGCUUCAAAGACACCUGUGUUAAAGCAGAAUCCGGAAGACAUUGGCAAAGCAAGCUCCUCCCAUUCGGUGUGCUCCUCCGUUUCUGCUGUGCCUCCAACGUGUGGAGAGAACUCGAAAGAGAUGCUAAAUGAUAAAAUGGAAAGUUCCACCUCUGUAAUGCAGCCCUGUGCUCAAAACGUGUACCAGACCGGAGAUGAAAAAGAGCAAAGCAGCAACAUGGAAAUUCCUAUGGAAGCAGGCUUGUUAAAAGAUGCGGCAAAUGAAAUGUGUGACUUGCACUCAGUUUCUUUGAUGCCUUUGGUGAAAGACGGCACAACACAAGGGAAAAACAUACUGAAGAAAGACCCAGUCACACUACGAAGUGUAUCUACUCCCAGGGUUAAAAUGAUGCAGUCUGUGUUGCCCUUGAAGAGAGGAUGUGAAAAUAAAACUAUGGGCACAAUUAAAGCACCUUCUCACAAAGGAGCUGUUCUGUCAUCAAGCUCUGGUACAGGAUCUUUGCCAAGAGAGAAGCAUGCCUCUCUGAAGAAUUCUCCAGCCUCCUGGGCUAGCUCCAGUAAACCACAAGCCAAACCCAAAGUGCCUGUCAAAAGAUCAGUGCUUGAGAGAACGCCUAGCGUCUCAUCAGUCAGCAGCAGUCAGAGCGAGCGAAGCCUUUUCAGCAGUAAUUCUGCAAGUGCCACAGUCCUCAUCAAGAAUGGAGAAUGGCCUUCAAAACCGGCCUGCCAGAAUGGUGCUUCGGGAACUGUCCCUUUGAAAGCAGUACCAAGACCUAGAUUACACUCGUUGAAGUCAACUCCUAAAGGAGCCAAGGCCAGGCCUGCUUCACUGAACCAGUGCACACCAAAAUCAUCUGGGCCACUGCACUCAGCAAGGAAAGUCAGUGAGGCUAGAGAUAAUCAACUGUUGGGUAGUACUCCUGGAAGAAAUGGACACCAAAGCCUGUCUUGUUUGGGUUCUGUUGACAAGGGCAAGCAGCGGAGUCCCAAGAGCUCAUGCAUACAGACUCAAGCCUCCACAGAUGUGCAUUCACCUGGCACAAAAACAGCGGAGUUGACACAGUACAAAACAAAAUGCGAGACCCAAAGUGGAAUCAUCCUGCAACUGAAAAAAUUCCUGACAAGCGGCAACCAGAAGUUUGAAGCAUUAACUGUUGUGAUCCAGCACCUGCAGUCUGAGAGGGAGGAAGCACUGAAACAGCGUAAAGCGUUAUCUCAAGAACUUGUUAACCUUCGAGGAGAACUAGUAACCACUUCUGCAGCUUGUGAGAAAUUGGAGAGAGACAGGAAUGAACUGCAAGUUGCUUAUGAAGGGUUUUUGCAGAAGUUAAACCAGCAACAUCACAAUGAUUUAGCUGAGCUGGAGGAGAGGCUUAAACAGUUUUACACUGCAGAAUGUGAGAAACUCCAAAGUAUUUGCAUUGAAGAAGCUGAAAAAUACAAAGUGCAACUCCAGGAGCAGGUGGACAACUUAAAUAUCACACAUGAAAACUUCAAGCUGGAACUCGAAAACAGCCACUCUGAAAAAGUAGAGGAGCUGAAAAAGGAGUUUGAAUCCUCAUUUUCAGAGCUCAAGAGUGCCCAUGAAUCUGAAAGGAAGUUGCUUGAAGAUUCCUUCAAAGAGAAGCAGGAACUGCUAGAGAAAAAAAUCAAUGAAUUAAAAUGUGAAAACGACACUCUGAGUGAAAAGUUGAAAUUAGAAGAGCAAAAGCAAAUAGCCAAAGAAAAAGCCAAUCUUAAAAACCCCCAGAUUAUGUAUCUGGAACAGGAGCUGGAAAGUUUGAAAGCAGUGCUGGAGAUCAAGAAUGAGAAACUUCAUCAGCAGGACAUAAAGCUAAUGAAGAUGGAAAAACUGCUGGAGAACAACACAAUCUUAAUGGAUAAAUUAAAGAAGGUUCAGCAAGAAAACGAAGAACUAAAAGCUCGGAUGGACAAACACAUGGAGCUUUCAAGGCAACUUUCCACGGAGCAAGCUGUUUUACAGGAGUCACUAGAGAAAGAAUCUAAAGUAAACAAACGCCUGUCAAUGGAAAAUGAAGAACUUCUGUGGAAGUUGCACAAUGGUGACCUAUGCAGCCCAAGAAAACUGUCUCCCAGUUCUCCAUCUGUGCCUCCUCAGUCACCACGAAAUUCUGGUAACUUCUCUAGUCCUACAGCAUCACUGAGAUGACAUCUCUUGAGAGAAAGAGGGGAUUGCAUUUCGUUUGCGAUCUGCAGAACUGAUUUAAACUAUAAUCACAGGAGCAAGAGCUGUAUUAGCAGAGUAUGACAACUAAACAUAACUGGAAACUAUUUGGUGCAAAAGUGGAGAUAGGAGACUGAGAAUAUGGGGGGGAAGGCAUUCAUGUUGCUCCUCCCCAAAAGACUUGUUUAUGACCUCUAUGGACAUUGUUGCACAAAGCACUUACAGAGCAAGGAAAGACUUGUUCAUUGCCUUUUCACCUAACUAUAAGAAAAAGCUCAGGGGCUUAGAGAUAAAGAUCACAACCUUUAAAAUACGUUCCUCAUCACAGACACUUUUUUUAAGGCUGUGUGUAUGCGUGUGUGCGUGUGCUGUGGAUGGAAUGGAUGUAACACACUGUGCGUGUGUCUAAUGCUGCCUUCUUUGCUGUGUACGUAAUAAAGGAUAAAAGCUGAAGACUAUACAUUGACAUGUACUUCCUUAAUAAUGGUGUCAGUAUGCAUGCUUUUAGCAAAGAGUACCCUCACCCAGGAAUGAAGAGAAACAGCCACCAGCACUGUAGGUGAGUUUCCUUCAUCUUUCUGGCUUCAGUAACAAAACGGCAUGGAAAGCUUUGUCAACUGACUUAUUAGUGUCUUGGCCAACCUGAGUAUGCAAUUUUGAAUUAAUUUUAAAAACAAACUGAAAUGCAGCCAUAUUUUGCAUGGAUUCUUGGUUUAAUACCCAGGCACAACUGCCAUUUAAGAGGAGACAUUUUUUUGCAGGAUACAGUGGAUUUUGGCUUUCAAGUCAACAGGGUCAUAGUCAGAACCACAGUAGCCCUCAAGGUCAGAAGUUAUUAGCUGAGUUGCAGGUUUAGAAACCCAGACAUAUCAUCUUACCUGCUGAAAAGGAAUCGCUCACUUCCCCAAAACAGCAUGUCCAUUGCAGAGGCUGUCUGCUGAGGGUAAACUAGAUGUAGAUUUGAAAGCCAAAGAGAAAAAUGCAAUAAUUGUCAUUAGGUGCAUUCUUAACUCUGUUCUCAAGAAGAAUCGUAACUAACUUGUGAAUUCCAAUGUAUCUGGUGACACACUGCCUUUUUGAACAUUAGCAUUUGUAUUAACAUUCUUCAAGGCUGGUUAAAUUCACCCGAGGAAGAAGGGAAAGGUGGCAGCUGUGUAUCUAUCUUACUAGUUCUGCCACACCUUCCCUCUUAGACUGCAGGAUAUCAGUGUUUUGCCAGUUCACUUGGCUAAAGAUCCUGUACAACAGAGUAGUAUCCUGUAGAGUAGCGGGGGGGAGAACUGCCGUAGCUGAUGGAACUGGAGGCUCAGGGUGUCAGUGUUUCUGGCAAUGUCAUAUGCUGAGCUUCAGCUUCAACGAGGUAAUUGCGUAGCCUUGCUACGCCCUUGGUCAGACCUGUUUAAGGUGUCUACUUGGUACCUUCAACUUCAAAUUAGUAUCACACAACACCAUCUACGCUUACAAGACCGUUGUUACACUAUGGUUUAGCUAAUGCUGUUAGCUAGCUACAAUGGUAACUGUUACUGCAAGUUGUACCUGCUGAGUUGCCUUGUGUUUUCCAGUAGCUUGGGGGCAGGAAUCAGGGGGAUGGGAAGUGUUUAGGGAAUUCAACUGGAGAACCACUUCAAAUCAUUUUACCCAAGAAUUGAAAAAUCUUGGCUAGUAAUGAGGAACACAGACAUAUAACCAAGACUGUUAACAGUGCUCAUGCAGUAAGUAAACUUGUAAUGUACUUAAACUUGUGACUAUUUCAUCAUUAAAUUUACUUAAUUUUCCAUAAUGUACAAGUUAAGGGUGUAAUUUCUAUGGAACAUUAUGCUCUCUUUUAAUCCUCUUAAGGGCACUGUACAUACCACUUGUUAGUGGUGUCAGUACUUAAAAAUGUUUUCUAGGGGCUUCAAAUUUAACUAUGGAGAUCCUCUGUGGGCUACAGCUUGGCUUAAAGUUUAUCUUGGAACAUUGUUUUCUAUGGUCAAAGAGAUUUGAUCACAUGUAUUUGAGCUGAAUGCUUAAAAUAAAUUUUUUGUACCGAUUGAA